CCAGGAUGGAUGGCAAACGUCACUGGCAGAUAAAUAUUUGCUUUCCGCACCCUCUUUGUUUUCUUGCUCAUCGCCCUCUUUGGCUUUCCCUAAUAACCUAGUUGUAAUUCCACUCGUUCAUAUCCUACUAUAUUACUACAACUUUCGUUAUACUUAAUACUACACACAAACAUGCGUCUUUCAUCGACCAUCCUGGCCACGGCGGCCCUCCUAUCCUCGGCCAACGCCGCCCUCAAGGGCUUCAACUACGGCGCUCAAUUCGCCAAUAACCAGCCCAAGCGCCUCGUCGACUUCGAAUACGAAUUCAACGCGGCCAAGCAGCUCCCCGGCACCAACGGCUGGACCAGCGCCCGCCUAUACACCAUGAUCCAGCACGGCACGCAAAACUCCAUCAUCGAAGCCAUCCAAGCCGCCAUCAACACCAAAACCACCUUGCUCCUCGGCAUGUGGUGCUCCGCCGGCCAAACAAACUUCAACAACGAAAUCGCCGCCCUCAAAGCUGCAAUCGCCAAAUACGGCACCGCCUUCACAGACCUCGUGGUCGGUAUCUCGGUCGGUAGCGAAGACCUCUACCGCGUCACGCCUACAGGCAUCGAGAACAAGUCUGGCCCAGGUGCCCAGCCCCAAGAACUCGUCAAGUACAUCAAGCAAACCCGCGACGCUAUCCGCGGUACGCCCCUUCAGGGCAAGCCCAUCGGCCACGUCGACACAUGGACUGUCUAUGUCAACGGCUCCAACUCUGCCGUCAUCGACGCCCUCGACUUCAUCGGCAUGGACGCAUACCCUUACUUUGAAUCCACACUCAGCAACAACGUCGGAAGCGGCAGCCAGCUCUUCUUCGACGCCUACCACAAGACGCAAGCUGCGGCAAAGGGCAAGCCCGUCUGGGUCACCGAGACGGGUUGGCCCGUCAGCGGAAAGCAGUCCGGUCAGGCGGUUGCUAGUCCCCAGAACGCGCGUAUCUACUGGGAAGACGUCGUGUGCCAGCUUGUCAAGGAUGGUGUUCCGCUUUACUACUAUCUCCUCCAGGAUGUGCAGUGGGGAACUCCUUCGCCAUCGUUCGGUAUUAAGCCAGGCGGUGAUCUCAUGAGCGUUAAGCCGUUGUAUGAUCUUUCUUGCCCUGCCAAGAAGCAGUAGAUUUAGGGGGUUUGUUGUCCAGCGAUGCGGUAGCUAGUAUCGAGCAGCGGGGGAAGAAGAAUAGUCGGUUGCGCUGAGAUCUCAGUCCCUCAUGCCGCUUUCUGUGUAACUAUAUACUCAAAACAUAUUCUUAUGAAGCAAAAAUACAAUUAGACGUACAUACCUAACUACAUAUUUCUCU